AUGAUGGAAGCGCCAUCUUCAGACUUCAACUUCUCGUUUAGCUCACAAUCCGAAGUGGUAUUGACCCCUUCAUCUUCAUCUCGAGGCAGUCAUGAAGGAGGUUCUGCGCUCAAUCCACAAACCCCGAGAUCGAUUCCUCUCUUCCAAGCUUUGAGCCUCAACGAUUCCCCAGGCUCGAUGCUUUCACCUCAAGCUCGGUCAUCAAACACGUUGCUAAGCCCGGGUAGCUCGAAUGCCACUUAUGCCCAGCAGCAUAAUGCUUCCCCAAGUCCGAGUCCAAGGCCUGCGCCAGUGCCUUCAUCUCAUGGUGGCCGACAGGCUGAGAGGAGUCGCUCGAUAUUUUUUACUCCAACCCGAGCAACUCCGCGAAUCCCGGGUGCUUUUCCUGAGUCGAGUGUCGGCGAGGAAGCUUGCCCUUCCGGAAGAAAUGCUGCAGAAAAUGAGGAAGACUCAGACAGUGAUGAAAUGCCCGACGCCAGAACUGGCGAUCUCCGUGAAGAGGAACUUCCUCCUGCCCCGGUUUAUAAAAGUCGACUUCAGGAUGGCCUGAAGGAUGUUAAACGCGAACUGGGCAUUCUUGCCGAGAUGAUGGGAAUCUCUCGGUUGAGCGAAGAGCAUUCUUCAGAUCUACAUGCCUUAUGUAGGGAUACCAAGAAAAUGAGCAUGUUUAAGUACCCAGAAACUCGGACGGUGGGUUUUAUCGGCGACUCUGGUGUUGGGAAAAGUUCUUUGAUAAACUCGUUGCUUGAUCAGCGGAGCCUAUCACGCUCAAGCAGCGGAGGCACAGCUUGUACCUGCGUGGUGACUGAAUUUCGACAUGUUGAUGAAGAUCACACCGGACCGUUCACGGUUGAAGCACAGUUUAUGACCUCGGAAGAAAUGAAAGAGCUACUGAACGAACUUCUUACAAUGUUCCGUCAAUUUAAUGUCAAUCGAUUCUUCCGAGACCUGCAAUCGCAAGAGGAACAGCAAAAGUGUCGAGAUGAGGCUGUGAGGGCCUGGGAAACUUUUGAAUCUUUGUUCAACAGCCAACCGGCGUUGACGAUGGAGCACCUUUCCGAGGAUUAUGACGGGGCUCAUUCAGCUAUUCUCGCGCAGUUGGAACGGUGGGCCUCUGCUGGCCUAGCAUGGCGACCAGGUGGACUCGAUGCGCUUGGGUAUUCUGCGAUUGCAGGUGAUAUUGAGGAUUGUAGAGUCAUUCUCGAUAUGCUAACUGCCAGUAACAUUGAUAAUGGCAAACCUGCAAUUUGGCCAUUCAUCAAGCUGAUCAGGGUAUAUCUCAAAUCACCGAUUCUGAAGAACGGCCUGGUGCUCGCUGAUCUACCUGGCUUCAGUGAUCUGAACUUCGCCAGAGUUCGAGCUACUGAGCGGUAUCUUUCUCAUAGCUGUGAUGAAGUCUUCGUCGUGGCGGACAUUGCCCGCGCCUGUACAAACGCGUCAGUUCAAGACAUUUUGCGAAGAUGCAAACCAGAUCAGCCAAAAAGGAUCAUCUGCACGAAAUCGGAGGACAUUUCACCUGAAGAAUCUGCCCGUGGUGAUAAUUCGCAUGCUCUUCGGGUCAAAGAGAUGAAUAAAGAAAUUCAGGCUGUCCGAAAAAAGGCUGAAUCAACCGAGUCCAAGGCACGGAAAGUGUCGUCCACAAGACGAUCGGAACUGGCAGACCAAUCAUUGAUGCUACGUGAUAAGGAAAAGGAGUUGAAUCUCAAUUUGACAAAAUUCCUCAUCACUCAGCGAAACUCCCUGAUAUCGCAAAUUCUCAUCAAAAGACACCGCGAUGUGCAGGUGUUUUGUGUCAGUAACACACUCUACUCCGAGUACCGCUUCAGCGGAAAGAGCGAAGAAGAGGCAUACGUUGAUCUUGCGGGUAUUCGGGAGCUGCGCCGGUACUGUCACUUAGUACCCGCCGAGGCUCUUAUGCACUCAGCAUUCGUAUUCUUGAAUAUCCAUGUGCCAACACAGCUGGCCUCUCUGCGUCAGUGGACUUUAUCCGGAACAGAUUCGGUGACGGGUGGAAACGCCGCUAGGCUUCGAGAAGUUCUGGAAAAUGCACAGAAUGGUUUGAACCAGGAACUCAUUUCCAACCAGGGAUUGGCUCAUCAAGCGCGCGUGGGCUUGGCCAGUCUAUUUGAGGAACAUAUUACCAACAUGAUUCGGCAAUAUCAAACUCGCUGGACGGCCGCAAGUAUUGAGAUCAGCCAGGAAUGGACAGUAAUGGCCUGGCCAACCUAUGCUGCCUUUUGUCGUAAUUUUGGCGAUCACGCAACUAAAGCUGUGCCUAAGGGUCGCUGUUGGAAUGACGAGUUACUCCAGCCAGCAAGAGACCAGCUAAUUCUCAAUUGGGACACCUUAAGGAAUUGGCUGCAUAUGCAAGAAGGAAACAUGGCGAGAGAUGCUCGCACAAUCUUUGAUAGAUGGAGUGGGGAAAUUGGAGAAGAUGACGCAGACCUCAGAGUACAGAUCUCCGUGCAUAUACCAUGGAAACAGUGUGCUAACUCGUUCAUUAGAAACACCAUGCGAGACAUGGCUCAUGGUCAUGCCAGCUCGUACAUUUCAGGAUUGAUGCAACCUGCUUAUACCCAGAUGAACCUAGAAGGAGGGACUGGAAGUGACAAGCGCCGAAAGAAAAUCAUGAAUGACCACCUGACGCAUUCGAUGCUCUUUGCCAAGUUUUCGAAUGUUGCUGGCAGAGAAUACACAGGGGCCCUGAAUGAGUGUUUUGAUGAUCUGCAGAGAAAAGUGACCGAGGAGGUAGAGAGUAUGGCGAGAGAUUUCAAUGUGGUGAUUGCAGCCGAAGGUCAACGUUCAGAGGCGGAAGAGGCACCCGCAGUAGUAGAUGCCCUCAGAUCUCGAUUUGAGGGCACAGAGGCAAUCUUGGAAAGGGCCCAGGUGAUCGUGCAAGAACUCAAUCGGGAGACUACCCACGAUGUUGUCUAA